CUGCUGAUUGGUUACUGCUCACACAUUUGGCCCAGUCCUACAAUAUAAACCAACAUAGUUCUCCUUUAGUUUGGACUGGAUGAGUAGCCAGUAAUAACUGCAGCCACGAUGACAAGGCUUACUCUACUAGCAGGCUCCUGCCUGUUAUUUAUUCAUCUUGGUUCAGCCUAUCAGCUUAUAUGCUACUUCACCAACUGGUCCCAGUACAGACCUGAUCCAGUGAAGUUUGUGCCUUCCAAUAUUGAUCCCUUCCUGUGCACACAUCUGAUCUACGCAUUCUCAGUCAUUAACUCUACAAAUCAGCUCACAACCUACGAGUGGAAUGAUGAGACUCUCUACCAGUCAUUCAAUAGUCUGAAGCAAAGUAAUCCAAGCUUGAAAACACUUUUGGCUGUAGGAGGAUGGAACUUCGGUUCAAAUCAAUUCUCUACCAUGGUUUCCACAUCAGCAAACAGAAAUACAUUCAUCCAGUCCUCCAUCAAUUUUCUAAGAAAGUAUGGAUUUGAUGGGCUGGAUCUAGACUGGGAGUACCCUGGAGCCCGUGGCAGUCCUCCAGAGGACAAGCAAAGGUUCACGCUGCUCUGUCAAGAACUUCAACAGGCCUAUGAGGCUGAAAGCAAUGCUACAGGACAUCCCCGUCUUAUGCUCACUGCUGCAGUGGCUGCUGGGAAAUUAACUAUAGAUGCUGGAUAUGAAAUUGCUGAGAUUGCCAAGUACCUGGACUUCAUUAGCGUGAUGACCUAUGACUUUCAUGGGACUUGGGAGAGUGUCACUGGCCACAACAGUCCUCUGUAUCAAUGGUCUCAGGAAACAGGAGAUCAAAUCUACCUUAAUACUAAUUUUUCAAUGACAUACUGGAAGAAUCAGGGUGCUCCAGUGGAGAAACUGAGGAUGGGGUUUGCUACAUAUGGCAGAACUUUUCAGCUGUCAUCUGCAGCGAGUGGCCUGGGAGCACCAACAAGUGGCCCUGCUUCUGCUGGCACCUACACCAGGGAGGCAGGCUUCUGGUCUUAUUAUGAGGUCUGCAGCUUCCUUCAAGGAACCAGCACACAAUGGAUCCAGGAUCAAAAAGUACCCUAUGCCACGAAAGGGGGUCAGUGGGUUGGCUUUGACAACAAGGACAGCUUUAACACAAAGGUGAACUACCUCAAAGAUAAUAACUUUGGAGGGGCCUUUGUGUGGGCUCUUGAUUUGGAUGAUUUUACUGGACAGUUCUGUGGACUAGGAAACUACCCUCUCAUCAAUGAGCUCAAGAAACUGCUAAGCAAUGUUCCUCCUGCUGAAGGUCCAUCUGCUCCUGCGGCCGAAUCUCCUGCAACUGAAUCUCCUGCAGCUAAAACUCCUGCAACUGAAACUCCUGCAACUGAAACUCCUGCAACUGAAACUCCUGCAACUGAAACUCCUCCUGCUGUUCCACAUCAGUUUUGUACAGCAAAGAAUGAUGGUAUUUACGCAAAUCCCUUUGACAACAAAAAUUUCAUCAUGUGUUCUGCUGGAAGACAAUUUGUACUAAUAUGCCCUGGUGGCACCAUCUUCAGUGAGAGCUGUCAAUGCUGCAACUGGCCAUAAAACUGCCACAGGUUAUUAAUGAACGCCUGAUUUAAAUUACAGAAUCAAAAUCAGCACAGAAAUGGUUGAACAUGGCUACACAGCUGGUGUGUUACUAUUGCAAUCAUUGUAUUUCUUUCUCUGUAAAAAAAAAUAUUUUAUUUGUUCUUAUUUUUAACCAUUAAUCUUUUCUAAUGUGAUUUAAUUGUGAGUAGUAUUUAAUUUUUCUGUAGCAUUGGCUUAAAUAAAGUUAUAUAGACAGUCAUACAAA